CCACUUCGUCAGUCUGCACGCCUCAAGGGGAGAGCCAGGCUGAAAAAUCGUCAUCAAAGAAGCAUCGGACCGAGUUCCUUUCCCAGUUUCUCCAGUGCAGUUUCGUCAGUCGGCUGAAAACAUUAGAAACUCGUCAAUAAGCUAUCCCCUGUGAUAUAAAACAGAAAAUCAAAUCAACAAUAACAAAAAGAAAAAGACAUUUAUUGUUUACCUAGUUCCAAAGGCUUCUGUCAAAUUUCCAGUUUGCUUAUAGCCCUGUGUGUUGCCUGUGUGUGUGUGUUUAUUAUUCACCAGCAUCUCUUCGGGAUCAGUACGUGUCAGCCUGUUGAGCCCAACGAGUCUUUGGCUAAACUCUUUGUUCGUCCGUGAUUCUCUUUGGGAGUACGCCAGCAACGAAAAAUGAGAGAGUUUAAAGUUGUAGUCUUGGGAUCAGGAGGUGUGGGUAAAAGUGCCCUCACUGUCCAAUUUGUGACAGGCUGCUUCAUGGAAAAGUAUGACCCAACCAUUGAAGAUUUCUACCGCAAAGAAAUUGAGGUUGAUGGCUCACCUUCUGUUCUUGAGAUUCUUGAUACAGCUGGUACCGAGCAAUUUGCCUCAAUGAGAGACCUCUACAUUAGAAAUGGGCAGGGGUUUGUUAUUGUCUAUUCAAUAACUAAUCACCAAACCUUUCAAGAUAUCAAGACCAUGCGUGAACAAAUCACACGUGUAAAGGGGACAGAUCGUGUACCUUUGCUGCUGGUAGGAAACAAAGUUGACCUGGAACAUCAACGAGAAGUGGCCACAAUGGAAGGUCUAGCCCUAGCUCAGGCCUGGAAUUGCCCUUUCAUUGAGGCGUCUGCUCGGAAUAAGAUGAACGUGAACGAAGUCUUUGCCGAAAUUGUUCGCGAAAUGAACUGCAAUCCAGCCAAAGAAAAGCGUCCCUACUGCUGUUGCAACCUUCUCUGAGAAUCUACUAUCCCGGCGAAAAGAAAGAUAAAAAAAAAACUUCAUAAUCUUCCAUCAUCCUGUGCUCUCCCUUCAUCUUAGCUGUGUAUCAUCAUUUGUGGCGUGUGUGUCUGCGUGAAUGCCUGUUGGAACUAUGUGACGGGGGCGCGGCCCCUUCAACGAACAAAAAUUGGGGAAAAUGUGCUCGGUGAAGAGAGAAACGGACGAGGACUGAUCGUCAUGAUGGGCCCCGUGUCGUGGAGAAAUGGCACUGCAUAUCAAGAGUCUAGUGAAAAUAUUCAUCCGUGACCGGCUGCCCUUUUUUUGUACAUUCGAUUCUUCCUUUUUUUUUUCUGUUUACUUGUUUCCUUUUUUAUUAUUAUUAUUCGUCACUUCCUCAAACGUGGAGGGCUUCAUGUCUGGAUCUGUUGGUUUCCGAUAUAUCGGCCUGAUUUUUGCGUGGUCCGGCAUGCGAACCUUUUUUUGUCCUGCUCUUCAAACAGUCGCGACUCAAGUGCCAUCGAUGUGUAUGCUAGUGGACCAGAACUUUUUCUCUCCAGACGUGGAAAAUUGGAUUCAUUGUUCUUUUAUCCUUCCCAUUUAUUUGUCAGUCUUUUUUUUCCAUUUACAUUUCAUCAACACCCGGAUUGCGUUAAUUCAUUUAUACCAUAAGUCAUUUUUAUUUGAAUGCAAUCCGAUAAAAGGGGAAGCAAAACAGCAAGUCUUGCCCUUAAACGCUCAUCUUUUUUUUUCCCUUGCCCCCUAUCAAAAAUUUGUUUACACAUCCUCUAAUUUCUUUAGAGUUGAUGACAUGCUCUUGUUUGUUCUUUUCUGUUUGCAAUGCCAGGUCUUAUAUGAUCAUGUGAUAACCCUUUGGUGUAUGUGUGAACGUUUUUUCAACUCGUUUUGUCAUCAUGUACGACCUGCUGUCCUCCCCAUUUAAAACAUAUUGAAAAUUUCCCUUAUGAUUGCAAGAGACCACGACGAAAUUUUUCAUACUUAGAAGUAGAAAAAACUCUUCUCCCUCAUUUCUUUUCUUAACCCGUCUUUAUUAUUAUUAUUAUUAUAAAUUUUUUUCUGGUCUCGUGAUUGCGCUUGCGUGUUUUGGCAACGACUUUCUAUCAGAAAACAAAACUCUCAGGCGCAAUUCUGACAGAUUGAUGCAAAAAGUUUUUAAUAAUAAAAAUAACGAUUAAGAACGCAUAGCAUAAGACAGAGCAAAAAAAAAUCAUAUUUCGGUCGGGAAAAAAACAGAUGCCUUCGUUAUAUAACACACUUCAAAAAAUUAUUUCCUUUCUCCUACUGUAGUUUUCCUUCAGUCAGUUUUCCUAUCUGAUUUUUAAAUAUAUGAAACGAGUGAAAAUAGACGGCAAAAAAAAAUAACAAAUAAUAAUUCAAUACUCUUGUCAGAGUUGGUAAUUUUUCAUAUCCAUUCGCAAAUACACUGAGUAUUUUUCCUUGUA